UUAGCGUGAGGGGGAGCGGCUGUGAGGUUGUUGAUACACAGACUCAGUAACGUGUGAGAAUAAUAAAGGAGCAUAAUGGUGCGCAGUAAGCAGCCUCCACAACAGCUAAAUGAGAUCCAGCAGAGAAGGGCGCAGUGGAACUUGAUCGAUGGUGCCGGUCCCGCAGACAACCAGCAGGGUAAUGGAGGUGCUGAGCCAAGGCAGGAGGGAGCUGCCCCACCGCACGAGAAUAAUAGAGACGACAUUGCUCUCCUGCUGAACGACGAUCUUAUUGACGAUGACGACAACGAUAUAGACUUCAUACCCGGAGCUCUGGGAGAUCCGGCCUUACGACCGCGAGAAGUCCACUGGGGUAGGUUUGCUCAAGUCAGGUAUGAGGAUGGAGAUGAUGACUUCGUCGACGAAAUUGAUGACGAAGUUGUUUAUCAGCCAAGGAGAGAGAGAGUUGUACGAGAGAAGGUGAACUAUGGUGAGUUCAAGAAUGUACUCGACAAGUCCCAGUUUUAUGCAAAAGUUUCAAAAUCUAAUGAAAAUUGUGUUGUUAGCCCAAGGAAAGAAAGAGAUAAGAACAAUUUCUGUCAUUUUGGAAAUAUAACUUUCAAACUUAAAGAUAAAGUAACAAGUGAAAGCCUUCAUCAGAUACCUUGUACAGAGUUUUGGGUGUAUGUGAGUGUAGAAGCUGAUACUAGUGCCCUUUAUUUCGAGUGGAAUUCUGAGGGGAGGCCAAAAAAAUCAAAACAGAGGAAGCUUUCUGCAGUUAAUUUUCGCCACUAUAUGAUAGAAGGUGUGUUGGAUGUGGAGGUGUGGCAAGGCUUGUCCACCCAGAGAUAUUUUGACCUUAAGCUAGAGAGUUUCGACGACGCCACCGAUGAAAUGACGUUGAAUGUUUUCCUAAAGAAUGGAGGUGUAUCUGAUUUAAAACAUCCCAGUGAAAGAAUCCGAUGUAAUGAGUCCUUGGGAGCCGUUGUGUCUUAUUUCUUCGGUGUUCGUACGUUCAAUUACACGGGUACCAAGAACCUGAAGCACAACGUGGAAGAGCUGUUCUCUGCCAUCAAGAAGUGGCACAGCGAUAAAGAAUAUUGCGCUCUAGAUGUACAACACCCGAGCUUGAUCCCACAGUUAAGACCAUACCAGAAGGCAGCUGUAAAGUGGAUGUUACACCAAGAGAAAUUUACUCAGACAAAGAAGAAAAGUAGUGAUGGUUCGGGUGAUCUUCACUGUCUGUUUGUGGAGAUAACAAGCAAGGAUGGUGUGACUCUCUACUUCAACAGAUACGGAGGUUUUCUGGUGAAAGAUAAACCUCUGGCCAUCUUGCCGACUCCCGGAGGUAUUCUAGCGGACGAGAUGGGAUUGGGAAAGACCGUGGAAGUGCUGUCGUGUAUGUUGUGUCACCCGAGACAGAACGUUGAAAAGCCGGCCUAUCAAGAACCAGUUAGUAUUGAAUCACAGAAACCUAAUCGUAAAAGGUUAACUGGUAAUGAUAUAUUCACCCUAGAUGGAGAGCCACAAGACGAGGGUGUCAGAGAGUCAGUCACGGGAGACAGUACGAGUGAAAACAUUAGCGUGGACUCUGGCGUAGGUGACACAACAGAUCAAGUGAAAAAUUGUAAGGCCCAAAGGAACAGAACUCGGGGAAAAGCCGGCAGAAGGAAAGUAAAGUCAGACCCUGUGGUGCCCCAAAGUUGCAUCAAAGUACACAUACCAAAGAGACAGACAGAACAAGACAAAGGUAAAGUGAACAAGAGUGGUAGACCAAAGAGAGAAGCAACAAAAUUCGUCUGUGGUUACGCUUCCUUCGGUGAUGAUGAUGAUGAUGAAGUGGACAAUUACAAGCCGCCCACAAAGAAACGUUCAGUUAAAAAGACACUUCCCAAAAAAUCUACUUACAGUGUUGAGCAAGAGAUCUCCGAGAGCUCGUACUGGUCUUCUAUUGAGUCUGCUAUUAUUAAAGAAUGCUGGGAUGGUAAUGCCAAAGAGUACAAGAAGGAAGGAUCUUGCAAAGAAUUUCGCAAGUUUCUUAGGAUGAGGAAGAAGGAUCCUUGCUACUUGAUGUCCAUGAAAGAGAGACUUCAGAUUGUGUACACCAACAGCAUGGCUGAAUACAGUGCCAAAGAGUUUGUGAACCGAGUGACAAUUCAAUGUUUUUUUGACACAAAAGUAGCUCAGAAGAGUUUCUUUGAGUGUGUCUGUGGGUCUGCGGAAAUUGAGAGCCGCGACGAAAAAUUCAGAGUACAGUGUUCGUUGUGUAGUUUGUGGCAGCAUGCGAACUGUGUGCAGUACAACAUGAUGGACCCUUAUAGAGGACUGUACAUCUGCCCUCACUGUUGGACGCAGGAACCGCCUGUGGUGUCGGGAGCUACUCUCAUUGUCACGCCUUCUGCCAUUGUCUAUCAGUGGGUGAAUGAGAUUAUAAAGCACCUGAAACACAAAGCUAUUAGGAUGUUGGUGUAUAAAGGUGUGGCAACUCAGGGCUACAUGCAGCCUCACUGCCUAGCCAACUUUGAUAUUGUCAUUACCACCUACGAGACCCUCAGCCGAGAGCUGAACUACGUCGACUUACCUCACAGCAACAGCCAGAUGGGACGAAGGUUCCGACAUCCCAAGAGGUUUAUGGCAACACCGUCCCCUCUGCCGUGUGUCGAAUGGUGGCGGGUGUGUCUGGACGAGGCUCAGAUGGUCGAAUGUACCACCAACAAGACUGCCGAGAUGGCCCUCAGACUCGCUGCAAUUAAUAGGUGGUGCGUCACUGGCACCCCUGUACAGAAGACAGUGAAUGAGCUACAGGGUCUGCUGUUGUUCCUGGGAGUAGAUCCUUACUGGGUGGCUCAGUGGUGGUACAGAUGCCUAUACUUGCCAUACUGUCACGGCAUUAAAGAACCUCUCCAUGAUCUUGUAGCUCAGUACAUGUGGAGGAACUCUAAGAAAGAUGUCAUCCACCAGAUCGACAUCCCACAACAAAUUGAGGAGGUCCACUGGCUGUCCUUCACACGUGUUGAGGAGCACUUCUACCAGCGCCUGCAUACAGAGUGUUCUUAUGAGGCCCAAAACAGACUGAAGAAGUUCCCUGACACAAAUAUCAAACUUAGCUCUCUGGACAGACUUACCUUCAAUUCUCUCAUACAGCCACUUCUUAAAUUACGUCAAGCGUGUAACCAUCCACAGGUUGUGAAGGGGCAGUUCUUGUCAAUGAACCGCAAGACCAUGACGAUGGAGAUGCUUCUAGAAAACCUCAUCAAGAAGACUAAAUUUGAGACUGAAGAGGCUCAUCGUUUGUUGAUCGCUUCCAUGAAUGGUCUUGCCGGUAUAGCUAUCAUUCAGAAACAAUGGCCACAAGCUGUUGACAUGUACCGAAAUGUGCUGAGGUCCAUAGAAGAGCACACAAACAUCAAGACUGACUGUCUGCAGCGUCUUCACACCAUUCACAACCUGGCUGAGAUCCUGGAGGCUGGUCAUCAAGGCAUACAACCCACACUGAGGGACGACUCGCUCAGGGAGGAAGCGGAGACCAUCCGUAAACGCUACCUGCAGCAUUACCCACAGCAGGUCACUGCGGCUGACUUAGAGUGUACCCAGAACUCUAAAGCUGUGGAGACUUUAGAAAAUAAUUAUAAUUUAGGUACAAGUUGGUGGCUGGCGGCCUUGCAAUCUUUUGACAAUGACUUUGUGCUGGAGAUACGAGAUGAGAUUUUGUCUUCGUAUUCUAGGUUUGAGGAGCACAAAUGCCUUCUCUACCCUGUUAAAACUCGGGCACACUUACAACUGGUAUUGAAUGCUGAGAUGAAAAAACUGAAGGAUCAGAGGCUUGAUAUGAUUAGUGGAGUGAGACAUUUACAAACUCUAGAUUCGGCUUCCUUGCUAGAUGAAGCCAUCGAUUGUCAUCUGCGUCCGAUGGAGUCGGAGCCACCCCAGUGCUUAACCUGUGCCACACAUGAAUUCUUUGAAGACUAUGAAGAAACCCUCUUUUCAAUGAGAGAGUUAAAACACAGCAGAACAACUGGGGUAUCCAAAGAAACAAAGAAUGUUAAAGACAAGGUCCAGGUGAUGCAGGCCACUCGCCGUGGAGACUGGGGUCAAGGUGAGACUGAACGAGUCUUGAAAUAUUUACAGACAAAAUCCUUAGAAAGGGUUGAGAAAGAGAUAUAUGAGGACUCACAGACACACUUUAAGGUUUGGGAGGCCACUAAAAAAGAAUUCAAAAAUUACCGCAUACUGUGGCGAGCUGUGUUUGACACUGUGUCCGCCAUGGAUGAAGUGAACAUGGCCACGAUCCGUCUCCGUCUACGUUAUCCAGACGAAGAAGUUCCCAAGCAAAAAAAGAAGAAAGAUGGUGGUGACUUGGAAAAGAAAAUAGAGGCCCUUAGAUAUGUGAUAAAGCCAGCUGAACUAUCUCUUCAAGAGUUAAAGUUAAAAUCGGACAAGAUCAUCGCCACGAACGACUUGAAAAUAAAGUUAGGCCAACUUCUAUAUUUACAGAAUCUUUCAAAGACAGAUUUUGGAAAAGAUGGCGGUAAAAAUCUUGAACCUUGUCCAAUCUGCCAAGCUGAACUUGGGGAGAAGUGGGCAGUUCUCCUGUGUUGUCACUGCUACUGUUUGGAGUGCAUGAGGACUCUAUGUAAUAGAGGGUUUUAUGAGAUGGACAGGUGUACAGGUUCCGUGAAGUGUCCCAUGUGCCGCCAGCCAACUAGAAUUCGCGAGAUUUCUUAUGUUGACAGCAAAGCAAAGGAAGAGAUGGAGGUCAAGGUACAAGGGAGUUUAUCUACCAAAAUGGAGGGAGUAGUUCGUCUCAUGUUGAAGAUCAAACUCGCUGAUCCUGGUGCCAAAGUCCUAGUGUUUUCGUCUUGGGUGGACGUUCUCAAUGUCAUAGCCGAUGCCUUUGCCCAGAACGGUAUAACAUAUAGAGCUCUUCACCAGCACUCAAAGUUUCAGAGACAUCUUGCAUCUUUCAAGGCCAAUAGCCAGAUCACAGCUCUCCUGCUUCCUAUAUCAUCUGGUGCAAACGGACUCAACCUUAUCGAGGCUCGCCAUGUCAUCUUGGUCGAGCCUAUUCUCAAUCCUGCUGCCGAGCUUCAGGCCAUUGGAAGAGUUCACCGCAUUGGCCAGACCAAGGAGACUAUUGUCCAUCGUUUUUUGGUGAGAGGAACGAUCGAAGAAAGAAUGUAUCACAUCUUACGUCACCACUACGAUGCACGCCACACCGAUGAGAACACAGUAACUAUUGAGGACUUGAAAAGGCUAUUCCUCCACUCAAAAGAACCCGAGGUACAAAGGGAACUGGCUGGGAAUCAGAACCAAAGUAAUAACGAAGACAGAGUUAGUGAUGACCAGGAUAAUGAAAGUUCAAGCAAUGUGGAGGAGGAGGAACAAGACUGUAAGAAUGUUGAACUGAUCCAUAACAAAGGUGAACAGCCAUCAUCAUCACCAAGAAACCAGACUCAAAUAAGUGAAUAUCAGAGAGAGGAAUCAUCAACAAGUAAUGCUUCUCAGUCAUCAACCAGUAAUUUCUCACAACCAUCAACCAGUACUUUGUCACAAUCAUUAAGUAAUAUUACAUGUCAUCCCUCAACCAGUAAUCUCUCCCAAUCAUCAACUAGCAAUUUAUCUCAGCCAUCAGUCAGUAAUAACUCUCAACAGUCAUCCAACAGUGAUUCACGACUAUCACCAGUCAGUGUGUCACAGCAGUUUGGUGAUCAAGAGCCUCAUUCACAUAUCAUCACUUCACAUCACCCAUUACAGCAAUCAAAUAUUUCUCACCCAUCAACAAGUAAUGUGUGUGAAAUGUAUGCUAAUAGUGUAUCUCAUCCUACGAUAAACAGUGUGUCUCAACAGUCGGUCAGAAAUGUUUGUCAGCCGUCUUCCGACACUGUGCCUCAACCUUCAUCUGUCAAUUUAUCUGAACCAUGAAUUCAUAAAAUGUGUUUGUCAUUGUUCUUAGAUCAUCUGCAAGUGACUAUUUGUGUAUAAUUCAUCUCCAAGUGACUGUUUCUAAUUCAUCAGGUAGUGACUGUAUCAUGACUGAAUGCACAGUUAUCAGGACAGUCAAGGAAUCUUACUGUUCUUCAUGCUACCUUCAUCCAUCGGCCAGGGAUAAUGGUAGAACAGCUGUUUUGCAUCAUAAUAAGUACAACCUGAACAUCCACUGGAUGUGUUGUGUUGCUUCAUCAUAAAAUAACAUUAUCAUUCACCCAGUACCAAUAAUACAUCUGUUGUCUGUGGUUAGUAAUACAAUAUAAUACUAUUUGGGCAAUUACUGUAUUAACAAACAUCACUUAACAGAUAUUACAUGGUAUAUUUUCUCUGUAAAUUCUACCUAAAGAAGAAUCGUAUUGUUUCUUGACAAAAAUGUUUUGAAUGUAAAAAAAAAAACAUGCAUGUAUGAAAAGUUUUAUCUUACUGUAGUUGUGUAUGUUGUGUAGGGCACACCAGUAUCAGGAAGGCCUCCAUCUUGGUGAAUAAUGGCUGUUUCCUGCUGGGUAUAAAGACAUGUCAGGGAUUACACUGCCACACAGGGGGAAGCAAACUCAAUGUUAAUAAGAUCACUGAGGUGACAGUACAGUACUUAGUUAGGAUAUAUUACUGAAUACAAUGUUAUGUAUUUUGUAUGAGGCACUAUUGCAUGCAGUACAAGCAAUUUUUUUUUCCGUUAAUCACUGUGUUCUACACACAUUGUAAGAUAACAUUUGGAGCAUGCAAGAAGAAGUGCACAAAUUGCAGGGAAUACUGUAUAGACAUCCUCGCAAGCUGUCAGCAUGACUGAGUCCGUGGACACAGACAUCUUCGCGAGUUGUCAGCACGACCGAGUCUGUGGAAUCUAGAAUUAGUGGUCCAAUAGUAGAAUUAGACUCAUGGUUGUGGUUGCUUCACUGUGGUACCCCUCGGGUAGAUACUUUUUUACAUAACUGUACAUUACAUUUAUAUAUUGUAGUUAAAAGAAUAAAUUAGUUUACAACACCACACUUCAGCACGUCAAUGACGGAUGAUUGCCGUAUAUAAUAUUCAGUGACCUCCAAUAACUGACAAUUAUGAUUUUUGUGAUGGAAUAGAAAGCUCAGAGAAAAUUUGUGUGUGCACAAGAUUACUUAAAAUUGUUUUAGAUGUCGGUGUAUACCAUAAAUGUGGUAAAUAAAACAUUUGUACCUAAUUUUUUAAAGGUGUGUUGUAUGUUGAAGCUUGUUAGCUCCUCCAGUUACAGUAUACUUUGUAGCCAUAAUUUCUGAAAUGACUUUUAAUGCUGGAUGGUUUACUGUGAUCACAUUUUACAGUAUACACUUUCUUGACACACAUUGAAAAUUAAAUUAACACACAGUGAGUGUUGACUUGGCCUCUAAUUUAUGUUGCGUAUUAUUAUCAGUUUUAUUUAUUUUACUCUUAGUUUUAUUUUAUACUGCAGGCUUUUUCUUGUUCAGUUUAUUUUAACUACUGUAUUAACUGUACUCUUUUGACACCUGAUGUGCAGGAAUAGAUGUGGGAUUGUUAGUGCUCAUUGUCAUCUUGUACAAGAUCGUUUUACCCAGAGCAGUGAGAUCACAGAAUUUUUCAAGGUCCUGUAGGAACAAAAUAGUUUCUACUAAUUCUGUACAGGAUUUGUGUAUUUCUUAAUGCCUGUUUUAUACUUUUCUUAACAAAUCUGUUCCUAAGUACAGUUGCAAUAUGGUGAUAGGUAGUAAUGUGAUGAAUGUAUAACAGAAAAGGGGAUGAAUGUUUAUGCAUGAUUGUUUUGGUUAGUUACACAAUGAUGAUGUGUGUUCAGCAUGGGUAUCUUCUGAAACACAGACUAUUGGUCCAGUAAUACAGUACAGUACACUACUCCCUACAUUGAACUACUACAGUGUACAGGUAAUGGCACCCCUUAUAGAAUAAUUUUUUAAUAAUUGGUUUACAGGAGUAGACGUCAAAAGAGAUACGUUGGUACUUCACGACAAUCAAUUUAUAAGUAUUUUUUCACCUUCGUAUGCCUACACUGUGCAGUACUAUGUAUAAUUGAAUGGAGUUUAUACAUUUGUCAAGAAGAAUUUUAUCUUCAAAGAGUAAAAGUGACAAUACAUGUAUUGUUAAGGCUUUUAAGUCUGUGUUAACUUUAAGGUUUCAUUUUGAACCUAACUGGUAGAGGAAAUUGAUUAUUUGUAUUUUAUUUUUGCUACAGUACAGUAUAUGAAUAUUUCAUGUUUAUUUCCCUUAUACAUUACAAGAUCUGUAAAUACAUUUAUGGGAUUGUAAAUAAAAUAAGAUUAGAAAAAGAUUAUUCAGCAUGUUUGGGAUAAUGAAACUGUCCAAGUCUGUGUGAAAUGCUUAGUUAUAUAUUAUAAAUCUUUUAAGUUUUAUUUCUGGAUGAUUGACUUGGGUUGCAUUUGAUUUCCUGUAGAUAAUAUUUUUUUUUUAAAUUUCUCUUAUUUGAUCGAUUUUCAUCAGAAUAGUUUUAUUACUAUUCUUUAUAUACACUACUACCUCGAGUUAUUUUUCCUGUGUGUAUAUUUUUCAUUCUCUCCCUCGUAUCUGCGGGCAUUUAUUGAUCUCUCUCUUAUAGUUCAUUUUACUAACUGGUCCAUAACAUAUACAUAUAUUCUAAACUCUACUCUACAAGUUCAUAAAAGAAUGUCCAGAUUUUAUUAUAUGUACAGGUACAGUAUAAGCAUUUAAAAUUUAGGCAUUCUUUUAUUUUUACUUUUUUGAUGACUGUGUUUGUGGCAGCUAAAGUUUCUCCAACACUUACAUUAUUAUCAGGUUCUUGUUUACCUAGUCGUUUUUAGCAAAGUGGUUCUUAUGGUUUAGUCAUUUUUAGCAAAGUGGUUCUUAUGGUUUAGUCAUUUUUAGCAAAGUGGUUCUUAUUAUUAAGUUAAAUGUUUAUCAGGAUUCUUGUUUUAGUUUUUGUACAGGUUCAGUAUUUCAUAGCUUUGUUUGCUCUUCAGUAAGUUAACGGAGAGGGAGCCAGUUGCCCCACAAAUCAGGGUGGUGGUUGAGGUAGAUUAUCUGAAUGGUAAUUCCUCUGGUUGAUAAUGUCUUUUCCUUUAGGUCACCUAAAGAUUAGCCCCCCAGCUGAUUACUUGGUUCUGCUUCUGCAUGUGAGUUGUAUCUGAAGGAAACAGGAAUAGUGUAUCGUCAUAAGGAGGAGGAAGCAGUAAUGGCCGAGUGGUGUGGGGAAAAUAAAUUUGUUAAAAAAUUUGCAGAAACUGGAGAAGUGUGGGGUACUGUAUUCAUUUUUACAUGAUUUUAUUCAACUUUAUUUCAAUUUAACAUUCUCUCUUCAUUUGUUACUACAGUACAUGUAGUCUUUCAGGCAUUUUGUAGUGAAGCAUAUUAGCAUGAUUCUUUUCUUCCUGCUACUCACUGUGAUAUUAUUGAUGAUUUUAUCAUUGUUUCAGCAUAACACUUAUCAUGCCAGGUAAUAACACUUGUAGUCUGUAUUCACUCUUGUGCAUUUUUGUGAUUUUAGAAUUUUUUAAUAUGGUCGUUUGUGUCAUUCGAUAUCAUACAUAGAUUUUUGUACUGUAAAAUGGUAAUUGUUAUCACUACCUUGUGAUGCUCCAAGGAUCUCUGAGUUGCGCUUGUGGUAAUAGUUGUCCUUAUUUUUGUAUACAGUACCUUCUACAAUAGUGUUCCCAGGAGCUGCUUCAGUCUUUACCAGAGGAAUGACUUAACAACCAUCAGAUACCAGAGACGUUUAAGAAUCUCUCACCACCAGUUUUUUAACCAGUUGUAUAUGUUUGUUUAUAACUUAACUGUUUUUGGUCCUUGGGCAAGAAGUGUAGCUACCCUGUUCAGUGAUAGCACAGUGCAGUAAAAACAUCCCCCUGUCCAUUGGCAGAAAAUAGCUAACAUUCAGUCUGAAAAUAAUGACCAGAGCAUAUGGACUAUUGUUUGUUUCUUAUUGAUACAGUGCUGAAUUAUUUAUUUUUCACCCAAGUUGGGCAAGAUUGUAGAUAUACAGUAAUGUAUUGUAUUUGGAGUUGGUGGAUAGAUCAUGUCUACUGUAUGCAUUAUCCUUGGAAAUUCAGUCCUCUUAUUCUGCCCGAUCAUGUUAUUUGUCCUGCCCACAGCAGUGUGAAUAACAAAAAAGUGGAAAUUUAUAUAUACCUUUUUUUAUGCAUGGCUUUAACAAUAUUAUAGUUUUAGGAGGAAUCGUCCAGAAUUAUUAAUGUUUUCUUUUUAUAGUUAGAUGCAUAUCUAAAUCACUGAGAAACUAAACCAAGUACUACUGCCAGUAAGGUACAAUUUUUGUAAUGACACAAAUUUUAUUGAGUAAAGCACGAAUUGUUAUGUUUUACAGUGAAGCCUUGAUUUAACUGACUACAUGGAGAGGAAAGUCCAUUAUCUCAAGGUUCCAUUAGAGUGUGAAAUUCCCAUCUCACAGAUUAUAUAGAGAAGCCCAUUAUAUGGAGGUUUCUCUAUGUGUCACGUUAUUUAGGAUGAACACUUUGAUGAGGCAUAACAUGGACUGUACUCUUCUUCACUGUGGAGUUUCACUUAAGCAAUACACAUCUGGAUGACGUUCAUUCCAUUUGAAUAAAUUUAUGUGUAUGUAUUGAAAUUAAUUGUGUGAUAGAAUGUUUAUAUUGAUACAGUAUUAAACUUCCAUAUAUAAAA